AGGAAUAACAGCCAAGGAGGUGAGAGGGGCUACUGAGCUGGGAGAAGCAGGCUGCAGUCAGAGAGCUUUGACUGAUACAGCAGCAUUUGCAAGGGACCAGUCGUGCUCACAGAUCCAUCCGGCCAGGUGCACAAGAGUUUCAUCCUUGGGACCUGACGGGAUCCGCUUGCCAGGCUCAGCAAUGACGACGUGCAGCAUGGACCUGGACUGUGAGAGAUGCCAGUGCCACAGUGAGGAGAAUCGAAACGCCAUCCUCUAUACCCUCCUGAGCCAGAACCUGAACAACAAAUGGGGCAGCCAUAGCCCAUCCCAGAAGCGCUGCCUGUGCCAGAAGCGUCGCACCGUCUGCCUCCAAACACCUCAGGUCACCUGCCAGGCAGCCUCUGAUGUCCUUGUGAAAACGGUCAGCUUCAUGAAGAACCUGCCCUCCUUCCAGCUGCUGCCCCGGGGAGACCAGCUGCUGCUUCUGGACAGCUGCUGGGCUCCCCUCUUCAUUCUGGGGCUGGUUCAGGAGAUGGUGACAUUCGAGGUGACGGAAACCCCAGCCCCUAGCAUGCUCAAGAGGAUUCUUCUCGAUGGCCAGAGUAAGAGACAGGAGCCUGAGAGGACACAGCCCACCCUAGCCGGGGUGCAGCGGCUGCAGUGCUGCCUGAACACAUUCUGGAGCCUGGACCUGAGCCCUAAGGAGUAUGCUUAUCUGAAAGGAGCCAUUCUCUUUAACCCUGAUGUCCCAGGUCUCAGGGCCUCUUUGUACAUCGAGAGCCUCCAACGGGAAGCACAGAGAGCGCUCCGAGAAGUCCUAGUGCCCCUCCACCCAGAGGACCAGGGCCGCUUUGCCCGCAUCUUGCUGAUUGCCUCCACCUUGCGGUCCAUUCCUCCUGCACUUAUCACAGACCUCUUCUUUCGACCGAUCAUUGGCAAUGCAGACAUUAUUGAGGUGAUCACUGAAAUGCUGUAUGAAAUAACCUGCAGGCAACUGACUCUUUCAUCACACACAGCCUCCUGAGAGAUCAGAUUCAGCGGCCACUUUCACAGGCACCUCCUGAGCAUUGAGCUGAGUUUCAAGGGACAGUAACGUUAAUCUGGUAAUGGGGAUCUAGUGGGAAAGAUACUGUGGACUUGCAGACACCUGGAUUUGUGUUUGUAUUUCACUUGGGCUCAGGCAACAGCUUGAGCGGUUGAAAAUCUCAACUAAGGCACAAAACAUUUAAGAAUGUAAUUCUUAUUUAGCAUUUGUUUACAGCAGACAUCAGCCCCUGUACAUACUGAACUCAUAAAGCCAAGUCGUUUCUGAAGUAUGUGUGACGUUACUAUUUCACUGCACAGUAACAUGAAAAAAGCAUGGCCAAUGUCCUUAAACAUUCCAUAAAAAAUAAUCCUCUGGGCUGACAUUUUCCCUGGGAAAUAUUCAGGUCAGAGAAGCACUUAUCUGAGAAAGAAGGGGAUUGAAACCAGGGCUUUGAACCAAAUGGAGUCUUACCGUUUUAAAGGAUAAAAUUGCCAUAGAAAGCCUCUGUUACACACACACACACACAACCUGAUUUUUAGAUGUGUUCAGCACUCACUCUGCCUGCCGUGCUCAAUGGAUUCAGUGGGUACUCGGCACCUCUGAAAACAGGCCUGCAAUACACAACGCAUUGGAUUAGAGCAUGAUCCACAUUUUGUGAGUCAGGGUCAAAUCUCAGCCCCACUGAAGUCUAUGGGAGCUCUGCCAUUGAUUUCAGUGAGGCCAGGAUUUCACCUUCUCAGUCGAUCCAUACACAAGGGCCUAAUUCCGCAAACUCUAAUCACGCUGAGCAGUACUGAGAGUGAAUGGAAUCACUCAUAUGAGUGAUAACAAGUAUUGUGGAAUCAGGCCCUUAUAUAGUACCUGUGUGUGUGUGUAUUGUGUGACUGGUUAACUAAGUGCCUUGGAAUCUUAGAGAAGUAGCCAUAAAACAUCUAUCCCUGUUUCAAACACGGACAGGGCAAGGGCCAGACAGUAUUAAAGCUAAAAGAGUUCACAGAGAGCCACAUUUUGCCACACUUACUCAAAUUGAGUAGACGUGGAAGAAAAUGGGACUACUCUGAGUAAUGUUCCACUUAAUGUUUGUACCACUAAUGUUAGGGUGGCGGAAUUUAAUACCCCUUAGUUAAUGUAUGAGCUCAAGUGACUAAGAGCUCCAUUUUAGCUAAAUGUUAUGAAGGUGUUUGCAGUGAUAUUAAGAACAGGUAGGGCUGGUGAGCUUAAGUCCAUUUAUGUAACAGUGAGUGAUUUUACCUAGAUGGUACACACUAUAGAGAAGGAGCUGUAGUGGUUGCACAGACCUGCAGAUUCUGCAGCUGAGCGUCUGCUUCCUAGACUACUGACUGGUUGCUCCCAUUCCUCCAUACUAGGUACUGAUCUACACAAAGAAAACAGCCUUUGUACAGAGUUCAGAGGUCAGUGUUUUGUGCGUGGAUGUUAGUCUGUGAUUUGUAUAUAAAGUGCAGUAAAUUAUUUUUUUUUUAAUAAAAUGUAUUACAUUUUGGAAAA